AUGUAUGUUCAAAAAACAAAAUGGCGAAUCUCUGAAAGCGUUUGCAGAGUAUUGCUUGGCAGGUUUCUGGUGAUGGAUAAACUGGAGGAAUUGUACAGUUUAGUAUUUAGCAGCAGUUGCUUCAAAGAAGCCUAUCAAAAACGAAUUUUUGAUACGCUGGGGGAUCUAAAUCCUCAUCAAUCUCAAUCAACCAUUGAUAUCGAUCAAGACAAUUCAUUAUUGGUGAUGCUGACUGUGAUUCAGAAACUCUUUCAAGGACUUAAAACAGUCCAUUGUCCAUACUUAAGAAGAAUUGCUGAUGAUCUUGUCGAGGAAAAACUUCUAGUGGACAAACUGUUGGAUUGCCUCGGUCAUAGAAAUCAACAUGUUGUAUUUUCGGCAAGUAAAGCCAUUGUCAUAGUUUUGCAGAUGCUUUCUGAGCAAAUGAUCAAAGUGAACUGGUUUGACAGUCUCAUUAAUUUCAUUUGUUUUGGGAAAGAAAGUGAACAUCCAUGGAGAAAGCUAUACAUUAUGGAAUUAAUUAGAAAAGUUCUCCAAGACUCUAGAAACACUGUUAAUCAGAAGAUUGAAGAUGAAGAUUUUCAACAAGUUGAAAAUCAAGCAUGUUGCCGUGAACAUGGUCAAGAUGUAGUAUAUUCUUGCAUUCCAGGGAGUAAAUUAGCUAAGUUGUUUUUAAGGCACUUUAACUUUCAGCACAUUUUGUUUGCAUUCAUCCCUUUUGUUACCAGACCAAAUGGACUAUAUUCGUUUAUGAAAUCAUACCUCCAUGUUGGUGCCUUGGGGGACUUUGUUACACUUCAGGCAUGUUUGAGAUUUGAAAAAGCAAUUCAUGAUCAAGAAAAAGUUAAAAAAGAUCCUAUCAGUGGAAUCAAAGAAUGUAACUUGAUAGCAUUUUUAAACUGUCUUACAGAGAUUGCAAAAUGUUUGCACAGCAAGUGUUUGCUCAGUUUUCCGUGCCCAGAAUCAACUGAAAACCAUUAUAGUAUGGUAACUGAAUCUGCUGAUGAGUCAGUAGGCAAGACUCAGCCUGAAGAUGGAAAUCAUUUGCAAAUAACAAGUACUACCACACAACUUGGCACUAUUGUGUCAACUUUGAUCCAGUACCUACAUUACCCAAGACUAUCAUCAGUAAUUUUCAAGAAGAUUUUGGAGGUCUCGAAUCAAGUCAUUAUUAUACCUAGCUCUACUUUAUCCAACCAGAAAGGUGGCUGUACAGAUUUCACAAAGAUGAUAAGAACUGCUUCAGUCUCUUAUCUAAGUGUUGUUGAAUGCUGUCUCCUCGACAAAGUACCAAAAUGUUUUGGAAGGACUGGAUUUUGUGGAACCGAAAUAAACAGUUCUGGCCCCUCUAUUGCACUUGAAACUCAAAGAGAGUGCAUAGAUCUUGUUGCACUUCGUAAAGCUGGGCUAAUUCUUAUCAAGUCUGCAUAUAUUGUGUUAAAGAUGGCUCAAAAUCAAGAAGGUAAAAAUAAAAUGUUUCGAUUUUUCUCUAUAGUAUUGAAAAAUAAUAAUACCAGUUACAGUCUACCUCUUUAUCUUGGUGUUUGUAGUAAGGAAAAUUGACUGUACUUGUCUAUAUAUUCAGGGCACCAAAUUAACUUUUUCAGGGGCCACUUGGCAUUUAUGAAUUUUAUCUUUCACAGUGGUGGCCAAUUCUCAUAAGUUGGUUGCCAGGUUCUUUUUAUUUUGUUUUCAAGCUUGAUUAACACCAGUAAAUGCAAAACUUGUCUUUGAUCCACUCUGCUAUAGUUUGUUUUGAACUACUUUUUUUCUAAAAAGCCCCCUUGUUUAUCAGCCCCUCCAUUUGUAAGCCCUUCUACAAUCCGUUACCAAGAUGUAUAUACACCCAAGGCUUACGUAGCAGUGUUUGAUAAAUCAAUACCAUUCGAAAGUAAUGCCUUAAAGAGGGUCCAAUCCAUAAAGCAUUAUUGACAGAACUUAAAUAUCAGGCUCAGGGUUGCCAUAUACUGAGGACACAAACGUAUUUCUGGUCGUUGCUUCUCUCCAGCCAAGAGAAGCAACAACCGGAAAUACGUCUUUGUCCGCAGGCUAUAGGGUUGCUACUCUUAAAAAAAAAAAUGACUGUUCACUGACCUUGCAUUUUACAAUUCUCUUCAGUUUUCUCGCAGGUUAUAGAUAUUCUUUACUUUUUUCCACAGCAUAUGGUGAUGGUUAAAAGAAUUUCCAGACAAAGGAAAUGAUUGUCUUAAAAAGGACUUUUACCCUUUUUUUACUUGACCUUUCACUGACUUUGCCAAGAUCUACGAUUUUCCAUGAUUUUAAAAAACCUUGUUUUUGCUAGAGAUUCCUACCCUGCAAACACAGAUGUAUUUCUGGUCAUCACUUUUUUCCACCCGAAAAUUGGAGAAAAGAGGGUGGAGAGAAGCAACGUCAAGAAAUAAGUCUUUGUUCACAGGAUCAGAGAUUACCACUAGAUAACACAUUCCUAUAACUGAAUUCAGGAGUGAAAAGUUUAACUGAGAUGAUGUUUUUGCAGGAUCAUUGGUAUUUCAGAGGUUGAGUCUUUCUUGUGUCAGUUUGUGGUGUACUCAUCUGCCGAGUGUUGCUCCCAACAUGCUGCCCCUCAAUGACACCAAGCAAAAUUGCAAUCACCAUGAAUUUCAUUCCCUCCUGGUCUCACUCUUUGUCGAUGAAGAUGAUGAACUUGUGGAAAUUCUGUUACUUCUGCUGUUUCUGUACGAAGAGACCAAAAGGUAAUUUUUUUUCCAAAGGUGAAUGUUGCUACAUGUUUAUUUGCUUUAGAGUUCUCAAAUUAAAAAGCUACUUACAGAGAACUUAAAGAAUGAUUGAAAUUUUAAUAUAUUAAUACUUUUUAAUUGGCUGCGAAGCUUGCAGGAAUAAAACAAAAGAAAUCACUUUGAGGCACAGCAAUGAAUAAUACAUGUCUUUUGUAUUAUUCUUUCAAGCCUCAGAGCCAAGUAUGAGUUUUAAUAUACUGAAAUUAGUCUAUUGACUAGCCUUCUGUGGAGGCAGCUCUUAUUGUAAUGGUUACACUGACCGUGAGGAGUCUGAGAAUGAGAAAACGAGAAAAAAAUGAGGAGGAGUUGGUAUCACUGUUACUCCCCAUUCUCUCCCCAUUCUCCCACUCGCUCUCUAAAACAGGACAGUGAAGCUUGUGGAGGAGGCUGUCUAUUGGCCAUAUUUUAAACAAGAGGGGAACUGGUUCAACUUAUGACUGCAAAGGCUCUAGGAAUCGUUUGGAGGGACAGCAAAUACAUCAUGGACAGCCGCCAGCCUCCAGUUAAAGAUGAAAGGUUAUUCUAACUGAAGAAGACAUACAAGUAGUGGCGGAUCCAAACCUUCAGAUAAGGGGGGGGGGGGGUCAUCCAGACCCUGAGGUAAGGGGGGGCAGUCUCAAAAGAAUUUUUUCAGUUUUUUCAUUUUUCAGUUUGAUGUAAAAAUAAGAGGGGUGUGGGCCCCCCAGGGCCCCUCCCCUGGAACUGCCUUUGACAUGUACCUGUUGUAUCAGGGUUUUUAGGAAUUCUCUUGUAGCAAAGAUUUGUUGCAUUUUUUGAAACUAUAAUAAUUGCAGUUUGGAACAUAGUAGUUGUAGCAUGCCUUGUUUGUUGGUCUUCAGGCUGUCUCUCCAAAGGAUCCCAAGAAACUUUGUGGACACAUAUCAUGCCUAGUUUCCCAUUUGUUUAGAACAUGGUGAAUUGGCUACUCUGCAAGCUAAGUACAUUGUCCAUUGGAAAAAUGCGAGAAAGCUUGCAGGUUGGUUGCCAUGCAAGCUAUGCCAUUAUGAGCUAUUAACCAUUCAAAAUAUAUUUCUCCUUUUUAUUACUCACUUGAGGGCUGUGUCACGGGUGGCUAGUAUAUUUUGUUUAUGAUGCCAGUUACCCAUCCUUAUUCGCUGUGGAACUUGAGAAAUUAUUACUUGUGAAUGAUGACCAAAUCACAACUUUGUGUCAGACAAAUAUGUCUCCCAAACAUUAUUUCAAACAUUACAAACAACGAAAAUUAACUUUUAAUAACUGUUAAAGCAAGUUUUUUAAAACCAACGUUGUAAUCUGUUUCUAUUUUCAAGUUUGUCCAUGAGUGACUCCUCUUACAUUUACCAUUUACAUUUUGAGUGGUUAUUUUUAUGUCUCAUGACUCAACUUGUCGGCAGUCCUGGGCCAUAGUUUCCACUGCUUGAAUUUAAUAAAUUUUGUGACACGGCUUCCUUAAACUCCUGGCUAUUUCUUCAUAACCAGCCUGGCACUGACCAAAUUUGGAAGAUAUUUGCCGAUAUGUAUACUAAUAGCAGGGUGCCAAGAAAGUCAGUUUUACUGCUUGCCAUUUAGGCAAACUGCCUAAAACCUGGAAUCUGGAAUCCAGAUGAAGCCCAUGCCAAAAGCUAAAUGACUCUGAAGUUUAGUGAUUAGGGUUAGGAAACUGAGUGAAUCAAGUUUCAGGUCAGUUUGAAGGGAACCAGAUUCACUCAGUUUCCUAACCCUAAUCACUUAACUUCAGAGUCAUUCGGCGUUUGGCAAAGGCUUUUUCCGGAUUCCGGAUAAUUUCCGGAUUCUGGUUUUCAGCAAACCUGGCAAACUGUAUCCAGCCCAAAAACUCAUUUCCACUAGCCCCAAAAAUAUUUUGACUGAGCAUUGAUUAUAGUUCUUCUGUAAUAAGAAUUCCCGAAAAAAACAUUCACUAGUCGAUUGGGCAAGUUAAGUACAGAACUUGCUAGCCCAAUAACAAAAUCACUAGCCCCAGGCUAUUGGACACUACUUUCUUUGUAAGCUCUGCAAGGCGUGGUGACUUAGCUGCUUGGGCAAUGUAGAGCUGGAGAAAAUAGCAGAAGAAUUCACACAUUAUAUGAAGACCAAAUGGCCCGACAUACCUCAAAAACGUAGCUAAAACGGGCAUCAAUACCAGCUGCCAAGUGAAUAUGAAACUGCCGCAGUGGAACGGAACGGGGGAAAGAACUUUAUGUCAAGCCAUCAUAGUCGUCCAUAUAAUUUGCCUCACUUACUAUCUUGACCUGCUCCGCUUACUAGAGAUGCUUUGCGUGCUUGAGGUGCUUAGCUUACUUGAGGUGCUUUGUUUACUUGAGGUGCUUUGCUUACUUCAGGUGCUUUGCUUUCUUUGGGUGCUUUGCUUGGGCGGCCAGUUCUGUCUUUAGCAAGCGCCCUGAGUGUUCAUCACUCCUCGACAUGGAAUAGCUUUCUAUGGAUAGUUAAAAAGGAUGUUCCAAAUAAUGGAAGAAGACAAUGAUCUCUUAGUGAAGAGAAAAAAAGGAAGCCCACACUAAUUGGAGUGACGUCAGCAGAUGUUCACAUGAUAUGACAUGGAUCUUUAAUUGAGUUGGGGUAAUUGAGCAACUUCGAGGUGCGCCAACAAGAACAUCACUCAUGAAUCUGCGCUGUUUUGAACUUCAUCGUAAUCACCACCUUGGUCAAUUUAGGGAAUUAUGGCAUUUGUUCUUAUUUGUUUUGUCCUUUGUCUUGUUUAUUUGUUGCGCAGUCGUUGUGCGGAAGCACCUCAAGUAACCGAAGCAAGCAAAGCAUCUCAAGUGAGCAAAGCAUGUCAAGUAAGCAAAGCAUCUCAAGUAAGCAAAGCACCUCGGGCAAGGAGAGCAUCUCAAGUAAGCAAAGUACUGUAAGUAAGGAAAGUACCUCGAGCAAGCAAAGCAUCUCAAGCAAGCAAAGCAUUUCAAGCAAGGAUGCAGGCAAAUGAUAUGGAUGACUAUAUGAUGGCUUGACAUGUGACAUGUUGACACGCGCUUUUAUCGAAUGGUGGUGGUCACUCUAAAGUCAUUGCAUUUUCUUUAGACUGCACAAAAGUCCGUAUUUUUGCGUAUUCAAGUACGCGCGAGCAGUCAAACAAAAGGUCUUGAGCGAGGCUGAAAACAAGAGCGAGACUGGGGAGAGACGCUAAAAAUACGUAGGGCAUGUGAGGCACGCGCACUUGGCGCGUGGGUGAAUCUUACGCAACGUUAAACCGCUUUUGAGAAGAAAAAAACGACUGUAUUGCAGUUUACGUUUUCCUGUGUGUUUCUCUUUUCUUGACCAAGAACAUCCCCCUCAAAUGUUAAAACUUGAUACCUAAAUGAAAUUUGUAUUUGUUGUUCAAAGGUCUGUCAGUUUUUGUAAACUGGCAGGCGCCUGUGAAAUUUUUCAUUUUAUAAAUCAAAAUUUCCGUUACGAAUUUGCAUCCCACACGCAAGAGUGCAGUGUACAGCUGUAUAGCGACUAGACGUGCCCACUUGACAAGCCACGGAGUGCCGAAAAUCAGGAAACAAAGAAAAUAUCAUGCGCACUCUAAAUCUAAAUGAUCUGUUUUAGCCCCCCAAAAUGGGGCCCUUUCGGUGAGUUCAGAGUAAGGGUUGAUUUGGACCUAUGGGUAGAAAUGAGCGUGGGCCGGAAUAGGUAUUUGAUGGGGCUGUUUUGGCUUAAAUUUUGCUCAAAUGGUCCCAGGAAAGGCUGAAUUGGCACUUUGAGGCUGAAACGGUGUUGUUGUUUUUUAAUUUUCAAAAUGUUUUUUUCGACUUAAAGAAGGAAGAACGAAGAAGGAAGACUAUUUUGGCUAGCCGAAAUAUUGCGAAAAUUAAAAAUAUACUUUGUUUAAAAAAUUCUGCAGUAUUUCCAGCGUUUAUAAGUAAUAUUUGGAUUGAUUAGUGUUAUUUAUAGAUCCAACAUUAACAUCAACAUCAUCCUUGCUUGCGGCUUUUGCUGUCCACGUAUUUGAAAAAUUCGUGUCCUGAUACAAAGCGAAAAAAACUAGGAGUGAAGGCCCAGCGAAAAGAGGAGAAAUUUCUAUAACCGCGAAGCACGUAAUAAAAAGUAUAUGCGUUUUUUUUUUGUAAGAAUGCCUUAUUUUAUGGCCGAUGCUUUAUGUUUUUUGUAAAAGCAUUCUUCGCGACAUUUUGUCAAAUUCUUGUUUCUAUUUUGUUCUGCAAUGCAUGUACAUAAUUAUCUUCGUGAAAUUAACGGAAAGCUCAAAAUAUUUUUGGGUUAAUUUUUUCCAAAAAUAUACACAACAAAGAAGUGAGAGGAAACUACAAAGGUUUAAGAAUACAAAUGACCAACUUGAUCAAUAUGUAUAAACCGUCAGAAACUCCAUUUAUUUCAGCCCCAACGUUCCUACUCAGAGGAUCUAACAUUGCACAUCUCCAAACCCCAACUUCUUCCCCUUGAUUCUUGUGUUCACAAUAUUCGUAGGAGAGCGAACCUAUAGUUAUUUAUUUGGUAUUGCGGUUUUCUAUUUUAGGAAUGUACCUAGUAGCGAAAUUUCAGCAAGUAUUUCACGCCAGUUGAAUCCUCAUUGGCUGUUCACAGCGUUUAUGGAAUCAAUUGAUUUUGAUCAGUCGCUCCUGCUUGAUCUUCUUAUUUCUUCGGAAACGAGAUUCCUCGAGUACCUUCUAAAGUACCUCCACUUCGUAAUUAGCGACUGGAAGGCAUUUAUUCAGUGCCUGGAGAGCUAUAAGGGAAAUGCUAAUUACCACGAGGUAGAAGCUACGGGAGAAGAUUUCAUCAGCUUGGACCAAAAGCAAUUGGAGUCGGUUUUUGGUCUUUCAAAUGAUCAAGUGGCGGAGGAAAACAGGCAAUCAUUUUGUAGGAAACAGAAUAAACCAGCUGCAGAAGACGGUGUUGUUUUGAAGAACAAAGAAAUUUCAGUCUCUGGGGAAUCUUCCUUAAACACUGACAUUAAUGGAAGUUUUAUCAGCUCCCAAAAGCCCGGAAGAAAACGGGGCGCGUCUCGCGGGCACGUUUCCGACGCUGUGUACAGCUCGGAAAUCUCCAACCAACCCAUUUGUGGUGUUCCGAAGAAGAAAAAUCAAAGAAAAGUUGGUGAAAUAAUUGGCUUGAAAGGCAUUGCCAUGGCGUACUCUUCAAGCGAUGAGUCGGACGUGGAAGUUGAAGAUAAUGGCGAGGAUGCUGGAUCUCCCAUUCAAGUAAAUGCGUUCAACAAGAACACAAGCGCAUCUUGCCUGCAUUCUCAAACAACAACAUCUCUUUCACUGGAUGACGGAAACCUGAGUGUAGGCACAUUUGAUAGUCAACCGGAGCGCGAAAACACUCCGACAUCAACUGUUUUAUUAUCUGAGAAUUUAGACAAGAUCAUGACAAUGUUGAUUCGGCUGAGGAUCACCAUAACAAGACUCUCAAAGACCGGCCAUUUUCCUUAUUGUGCUUCUCCAUUAUUAUCGCUAAUGGAGACUGUUGAAAAAACUUACGACGGCUGUUAA